AUGACCUGCGUAACUACCACCACCCCAGCUCAAGCACCGGCUACCAUGUUCUCCCAUCCAGCUCUCCUGACUGGACUAGCUUCACCACCACUUACACCUAUAUCUCCCACCACCAUUACCACAAAGCGAAACUCGCUCCACGCAAGCCCCAAGCUUCAGCCACCUGAACCGUCUUAUGCGAUGCUUCGAGCUCACCAUGUCUAUGCUCUGAAAUACACCAUCGCCAAAUUGAGAUGGGAACAAGUCAACAACUUGUACUUGCCAGGUCAAGAUGCCGACUGGAACCACAACGAGAUGAUCAACAAGUUGGAGAAAGAACUGCACAAUGUUCAAGAAGCUCAAAAAGGCUUGGAUCAAUUCCCUAAUUGUUUCGCUCCUAUCGCUUUCCCCAAAGCCCAUGGUCCACUUACCAAAGAGAAGUUCGAGGAGAACAAGAAGAUCGAGCUGGAGAAGGAAAAAAGGAUCAAUGAAGAGCUGGAGAAGGUCUUCCCAUUCCUGAAGAGGUUGUUUAUCGGUCCAAUGACGAAAAUGCAAGCUAAGAGGGAUUUCCUACUGAGAGAGCAGUUGAAGGAUAACGAUCUGGAGGAUAUCUCAAUGUUGAUCCCUACUGAAAACAAAAAAUGGUUGAUGGCUCAACAAGAGAAGAAAGCUAAUCAUCCGACAAACAGGAAAUCAUACGAACAACAACGAUACGAAAAGGAAAAACAAAAAGUGGCAGCGCAUCUUGAGUUCCUCGCUAAACAAGAAGCACAAGAACCACCUACCAAACCUUUACCUUUCGGACCUCUCACGAAGGAGGAGUGGGUAGCUACUCUGCCUGUCUACGGCCCUAAGACGUACAACGAAGCGAUGCUACCCAGUCAAAGGGAGCAGAGGCAUAGAAUCAUUAGCUGGUUGCAGAGACCUUGGGGUACAUAUAAUGAGAAAGCGUCCAAAGCGAUGGAAGCUUUGGCUGAGCUCGCCAAGGCGUCUUUGGAGGAGGAGAAGUUGAGGAAGAGGAAAGAGGAGAUGAAGAAGGUCGAGCUGAUUAAAGCUCUUGAGGCGAAGAAGGCGAAGGAGGAAGGUAAGAAGAAUGCACGGGAGUCUGGCAAGGAGGAGGAAGGAAAGAAGGCCGAACAAAAAGACGAGAGGCACGAGGGAGGCGAAGAGCCAGCCAAAGUUACAGAAGUUAAGAAAGGGUAA